AUGUCAGCCAGUAAUUUCACCUCAACCCACCCCGUGGCCUUCUUUCUGAUGGGGAUCCCAGGCCUGGAGCACGUGCACAUCUGGAUCUCCAUCCCCUUCUGCUCAGCCUACGCACUGGCCCUCUUUGGCAACUGCACCCUCCUUUUUAUCAUUCGUGUUGACACAGCCCUGCAGGAGCCCAUGUUCCUCUUUCUGGCCAUGUUGGCGGCCAUUGACUUAGUUCUCUCCUCUUCAACACUGCCCAAAAUGCUUGCUCUCUUCUGGUUCAGGGACCGAGAGAUCAACUUUUAUGCCUGUCUCGUCCAGAUGUUCUUCCUCCAUUCCUUCUCCAUCAUGGAGUCAGCAGUGCUGCUGGCCAUGGCCUUUGACCGCUAUGUGGCCAUCUGCAAACCACUGCACUACGCCACAAUCCUGACCAAGCCCCUUGUCGUCAAGAUUGGCAUGGCUGCCGCGACCCGGGCGGUGACACUCAUGACUCCACUGCCCUUUCUGCUCAGACGCUUCCACUACUGCCGAGGCCUGGAGAUUGCCCACUGCUACUGUGAACACAUGGCUGUGGUUAGGCUGGCGUGUGGGGACACUCGUUUCAACAACAUCUAUGGCAUCGCGGUGGCCAUGUUCAUCGUGGUGUUGGACCUGCUCUUUGUGAUCCUGUCUUAUGUCUUCAUCCUCCGUGCAGUUCUCCAGCUCGCCUCUCGGGAGGCCCGCUUCAAGGCCUUUGGGACAUGUGUGUCUCACGUAGGUGCCAUCCUAGCCUUCUACACACCUGUGGUCAUCUCCUCAGUUAUGCAUCGGGUAGCUCGCCGGGCUGCCCCUCACGUCCACAUACUCCUUGCCAAUUUCUAUCUUCUUUUCCCACCCAUGAUUAAUCCCAUCAUCUAUGGUGUCAAGACCAGGCAGAUUCGUGAGCGAGUCUUAGGGCUGUUCCUGAGAAAGGGUACAAAAGGAGAGUGA